AGCUUCCAUUUACGGCUAGACCAAAUCGAAGGCAAGAAAAACAGAAAUCCCCCACCACGGCAGAUCAAAGAAAAUAGAAGGCGAAGAUCAUGAUGCACUACAAAGAGGAAAAAGAGGCAAAGAAAGAAGCUUUUAGGAAGUACUUAGAAUCCAGUGGAGUUCUUGAUGCCCUCACCAAAGUUCUGGUUGCGUUAUAUGAGCAGAAUGACAAACCUUCCUCUGCGCUUGAGUUUGUUCAACAAAAGUUAGGGGGUCCAUCUGUGUCAGAAUAUGAAAAGGUACAGGCUGAAUUAUCAGAGUUGCAGAAAAAGUAUAACACACUUUUGGCAGCACACCAAGAAACCUGCACUGAGCUAGAGGGACUUAAGAGUUCACAAGUACCUAAUGUGGCACCAGUUUCUAUCAAAGACAAAGAGACCACUGAUGAGGAGGCCCUAAAGGAAAAGUUCUAAAAGAGCGGUGGAGGACUUUGUAAAUUGCUAAGCUAAGGGAAACCUUUAUUUCUUGUAAAUAUAUCAAACAAAAGGAGCCAUGGUUCCCUGGCUGUUGUAUCCACAGUACACGCCAGAACUUCAUAUUGUGGGUGUGCAUCUCAACUAGUGUUUGUGUGAUCACUUUAAUCGUUGUAUGCUUUUGGUGAGAAGAGGCUGUGGUUUUGUUUAACUGACUGCAGUGAGAUAUCUACUAAUUUUAAGGUCCUCGGGUAUUCUUUUGUCUUUAAACUCUGGCUGUUCAGCAAGA